AUGGCCAAUGACAGCGGCGGGGCCGGCGGGCUGAGCCCGAGCGAGCGGGACCGGCAGUACUGCGAGCUGUGCGGGAAGAUGGAGAACCUGCUGCGCUGCAGCCGCUGCCGCAGCUCCUUCUACUGCAGCAAGGAGCACCAGCGCCAGGACUGGAAGAAGCACAAGCUCGUCUGCCACGGCGGCGGGGGAGCCGCCGAGCACGGGCCGGCCGGAGGAGGCCGCCCGCAGCCCCAGCCCCCCGGGGUCUCCCCGCACCCCGCGACGCCGCCCAAGGCCGGCCGGGCCGGGCUCAAAGAAGCCAAGAAAACGCAGCAGCAGCCGCCGCGCCGGGACACCACCUCCCCGGAGGCCGCCUCGGCCGCGGCCGCGGGCUCGGGGGCGGUGCCGCCGCCUCCGCCUCCAGUCUCCGCGGCCGCCCCGGAGGGAGCAGCCUCCUCGGCCAAGGCUGCCGUGGUUUCCGUGGCGGCGGCGCCGCCGCCUCCUCCCGCAGCCGUCAACAACCACGGGCCGGCGGCGGGCCCUGCGGAGGCGGAGUCCGGAAGGGACGAGUCGCUGGGCCGGUCGCCGCUGUGCCCGGGCGGCUCGGCGUGCCCUCAGCUGAGCCCCCCGGGCCUGGGGCUGAUGCUGAGGCCCAACGGGCAGACGAAGCCCCUGCCGGCGCUGAAGCUGGCGCUGGAGUACAUCGUGCCGUGCAUGAACAAGCACGGCAUCUGCGUGGUGGACGACUUCCUGGGCAAGGAGACCGGCCAGCAGAUCGGCGACGAGGUGCGGGCCCUGCACGACACCGGUAAGUUCACCGAUGGGCAGCUGGUCAGCCAGAAGAGCGACUCCUCCAAGGACAUCCGGGGCGACAAGAUCACCUGGAUCGAAGGCAAGGAGCCGGGCUGCGAGACCAUCGGACGGCUCAUGAGCAGCAUGGACGACCUGAUCCGCCACUGUAACGGCAAGCUGGGCAACUACAAAAUCAACGGCAGGACGAAAGCUAUGGUUGCUUGUUAUCCAGGCAAUGGAACAGGUUAUGUGCGACAUGUUGAUAAUCCAAAUGGAGAUGGAAGAUGUGUCACAUGUAUAUAUUAUCUUAAUAAAGACUGGGAUGCCAAGGUAAGUGGAGGUAUUCUUCGAAUUUUUCCAGAAGGCAAAGCCCAGUUUGCUGACAUUGAACCCAAAUUCGAUAGACUGCUCUUUUUCUGGUCUGACCGACGCAACCCUCAUGAAGUGCAACCAGCAUUUGCUACAAGGUACGCAAUUACAGUGUGGUAUUUUGAUGCAGAUGAGAGGGCACGAGCUAAAGUAAAAUAUCUAACAGGUGAAAAAGGUGUGAGGGUUGAACUUAAUAAACCUUCUGAUUCAAUUGGGAAAGACGUUUUAUAGAGUCUUUGAUCCAGCAACACACCUACAUUGAUGCUGUUUAUUAACUUGUGAAUUUGAAUAAAUGGGAUAAAGGAAAAUAAACAACAAAUCAGCAUUUUAAUAUGGAAACCAAAACAACAUUUUUGUGUUGCAUCAAAAAGAAGAUUUUGACUGCUGUGGCAUUGUACUGUGUGACUGACUCCAAACCUGUGACUGCUUAUUUGAAGACUAUAAGCAAUUAAAAAUGACAUAUACAUCUGGACAUAAAAUAAGUGCCCUACAUAGAAUUUUUUCAUUAUUAUAUUUUGUCAGACCUAUCAUCCAGUUGAAUCCAAUUCAUCUCUCCCUUUUUUAUAUAGUCAAAUUUGAAUUUGGGGUAAUUUUUGUAUGACCAGGUACACUUUAUCAAAGUGAAUUGAGUAAAAAUUACAGUAUUAUUCUCCAAAAUAGCAUCAAUCUAUUUUUGUAAACCUCUUCAUAUUGUUAUCCUUUGCCCUAAAAGACCUAAUUUAAUGAUAGUCGCCAGUAACUGAAGAUCACUUUAAUUUUCUUUACAUUUAAAGUCAGAAAAGGAGCACUUUAAUUACCAGCUAAAAAUCGGAUUCUUUUGUAGUCAUAUCUUAAACUAAUUUGAACUCUUAAAGAUUGCUACUGUAUUUUUUUACUUUGUCCUUAAUUAAAUUUAACAGGAAAAAAAUCACUAUUCUACUAUCAGUUAUUUUAUUUUAGUUCAUGUUUUACAAGUUAAAUCCAGAGUGGGAAGGGCUUUAUCUUUUAAGUUAAAUUUAAAAAAUAAUAGUAAUAAUAAAGUGACUGGCACUGAGCUUGAGGCUAUAUCCAGGUUAUCCUUGGCUUUGGGGACAUAGCAUCAAGUUCCUAAGACAAAAAAGGGCUUUCUUAGGCUUUCAGAUCUACCCUGAAAUUUUCUAUAUGUUUAAAAAGAGAUGUCUCCAUUCCUAAAACUUUUAAAUUUAUCCAUGUUUUCUUCCUAUUAAAUGCCCCAUCUGAUCUGCAGAUCAGUAGGACCUUGAUUCUAUUAUAUAGUAUCAAGGGCAAAUUAUGUAUACAUUGAGACUGAAAUGCAUCAUUACAGGCUUAAUGUGCAAUGAAUUUUCGGAUUCUUGUUCUGUUAAAGCAUUCCCCAAACAUAACACUGGCCUUUGAUCAGUACUGAAAAGGUGUACAUUUAGUAAGAAAGUUGAAAUGCUUUGGUUUUUAUGUUUUGGUGUUCUUUUUUACUUUUCAGAAAGAGAGGGAAUGUUACUAAAUCACACAAGACCUCCCUAAACUUCUGUUGUUUAAAGAAUGAAUUGGAACAGGUGUCUUGGACUUAAAUGUUUUCCUGUGCUCAUUAGCAAAGUCCAUAGGGCCGUAUCCACUCUCAUAAAUUAUGGGUACUCACCUGCCCACUUAAUUUUUCUAUCUCUGUCCUUGAUUUCCUUUGCCAAAACAAUGUGAGUGUACAGAAAUAUUUCUGUAUAUAUUUCAAUUUAUGACAAUUUUAGCAUCUGUAUAGUUUGUAUUCAAUUAGAAACCUUUUCUAUGGAAAGCUCAGUAAUUUUUAUUAAAAGAUUGCUAUUGUUCAUGUAAAACAUGAAAAAAAUUAAUUGUUUAGUGAAACUGACAGUGGGGAAUGGGGUGGGGGUAAACAUUCAGUAUUGUGAUCUCACUUAGGAGAACUUGCAGAAAGAAUUCUCUAGCUUCUACUCAGAAUUAUUGUUGUUUUUACUAAAUGUGUUCCAUUUUGUUCCUCUUCUCUCCCUUCUUUCCAUAAAUUUGACCCAACACUUCCUCUGUAAGUGCCUCUGCCAGCCUGAUCCAGGAGUGCAAGUUGUUUUUGCCAUCUUCUGGUCUGGUCUGCAGUGCAGUGCAUUGCAUUAAGCCACAAUUAAAAAGCGCUACUUUUUUUUUUCUAGGUUUACCAGAAGUUAUAUUAUUUUGGUGGGAGGUAUGUUUGAAUUUUAUUUUUAGAUAUGUGUACAGAAAAGGCCUUCAAUUUGUGAGCCCCUUUGUAAUUCAAACGUAUACUUCUGCAGGUAUGCAAAGUACCAAAUUCUCAUCUCUGUGUAGUGCUUACCAGACAGAUUUAACUCAAUGGUGUAAUUUUUUUUUUAAGUCUGCUUCAUCAUAUUUAUAAAUCAUUAGGAAAACAUCAGCAAUUCAGGGCAACCAUAUUUUCACUGUCUUCUCAGAAUUUCAUAGUAGUGGGACAGUUAACUUGUUAACCAGGUAGCACUUUUAAAAAAAUUUUCAUGACUUGUUUGUGUUUAAUCCUGGUUAAAGAUAAACUUCAUAAUGCUAUUUUUAUUCAUGACAUUAACCAGCUGUAAAACACAGACCUUUAUAAUAGGCAAAGAAUUCAGGACUCACAAAUUGCCUAUAGAGUCAUGUAAUUUGAAAAGCAGUGUUUCAUUAUGAAAGAGCUCGCAAGUUGCUUGUAAAGCUAAUCUAAUUAAACAGAUGUAUAAAGGUUCUUGGAAAA